AUAAUUUUCUGGUAGGUCUUGAGUUAGAAGGCAGGAGAGGAAAGACAGGAGUAUCACUGAGACAAUAUGCUAUCCUAGCAGUUGGAUGAUGCCAAACAGAAAACGUUUUUUUAUUUUUCAAGUGUCAUAGCCGGGUGAAUAGUCUUUCGCGUUCUCGGGACACGGCAGCCGGAAUAAAUUCAACAGUUGAAAUAAAAUAAAAAGAUCUGGAACACAAAAGACAAUCAAGAUGGAAUAUAAAAAGUUCAAAGACAAAAGGCCAGCAGAACCUGACAACGAUUCAGACUCCAAUGAUAUUAUCUAUGUGAAUCCAACAGACCAUGAUGGCCCAAACUUUGUGCCCACAUCAAGAUCCCGGAACCAGAGGCUCCAGACGAGAGGGAUUAAAAAAAUAACUGUGACCGCAGAAGACCGCAGUGACCAGAUUCUGAGAGAUGCCGGGAUUGACACUACUGGUAUGAGUAAGCAAGAGAAAAGAGAAUUUGUGAAAGUUAUAAUGAUGUCAAAGGAUGAAGCUACGCCAAAAGCACAGAAGACGGAGGUAGAUAUGUCUAGUGAAGAUGCGCUGAAUGAUGGUUGGAAUUCUUGCGGUCAGACCCCACAUACUAAGAAUAGAAGAGAUAAUGAUUCUACCACCAUCCCUGACCAUGACUCUAUCUACAAACAUCAACAGCCAUUCAUCAGUCACGAGCAGUCCAAAGUGUGUGUCGAUCAGGUAGCACCUAAUGAAGAGAGCCAGGAUGACAAGUCUAGGGACAAGCCCAAAAGAACAAAGAUAUUGACAGGAUAUUCCCAGAACAAAGUUAGAAUAGGUAGACAUAAUCAGAGUGACAUCGGAAACAAAAGCGAUGGAGACGUCACCAAGGAGUCAACUUCCAACAUGGAAGAUAAGGACAUGCAGCAGACUAUACUGGUAAAAGACGCAGGCAUAAUGGGAAAACAGAAAACCAAGAGAGAACCUGGUAAACGGACAACCACACAGUCUAAGAGCGUGGCUGAUGAAAGACCUAAAAAGCAGAGGAAGAUGGAGCAGUAUUCUCACAUUGUCAUCGAUGAUGAUAUACCAAAUACAGGUUCAGACACGGAAAUGAUGGAUCAAAGAAAAUCUCAGAAAGUUUUAUCAGCUGUUACGGAGGAUGAUGACACACAGCCACCAGAUUCUCCUGAGGUUUUUGAGUUUGAGUCUCCAGAAGAACCUGAGGGUAUUAAAGUGGUAAAUACACCAGAUGAGGAAGACGAAACAACACAGGAAGUGAACUACAAUGAUGGACAACAAUCUCAAGAAAUAGUUCAGGACAGUCAAAUGACCCCACCGGUUGAGGAUGAUUCCACCAGUGCUCGGCAUCGGUUGGCAGGACGGACUCCACCUCCCCGAACAUUGCAAAAAAUUCACCAUGUGGGGGAAGACAUAUCUACCAGUGGGAAAGGAAGCUCUACAAAAAGUAGAAAUCAAAGUGUGUUGCAUCAUGACAGCAUUCCUUCCGAGACAAAAGUCGCCUUCAACUUUAAAUCAUUGAAGAACAAGGUGGUGGAGAUGGCUCAUAUUGUACAGAACAAGUUCUCACACAAGUGUGACAAGGAUGGAAAGGGAGGCUCCUCAGGUGAACCAGAUAUCACCAGGAAGGAUUCUUCAUCUUCUCAAGAAAGCGACUUUUAUGAUGUGCCAGCCCUCAGGAGACAUUACAGAAGAGCAAAGAAGGUGACACAGAAAUACCCACUUUAUGCUCCUGAUCCCGGGAGUGUACUGUCCUACACCACGGUCAUCCUCCAGCUGAUGGAGAUCUACAGCCGUAAGCUGACCGAGGCUCAGGCCAAGGCCGCAGAGAUGAUUGCAUGGGGUGAACCAGUCAAGUGUGGUCGCCAUGUGGAGAACACAUUAGACUUCGCUCCUACCAACCGAUCAAGGCAAAAUAUGUAUAAGGCAGAGAGUUCAGAGGAGGAUGAGUUUGUGCCAUACAGGCCAAGGUCAGCAAUGAUGAGGAGACCUAUCAGGCUUAAAGGCAACCAUUCCAAGGCAAACGAUGACCCAGACUUUGUUCCUGAGUUCAGUCGGGGUGAUACUAAGGCCUUGUAUGAUAUGGAUACACAGCCGUUUGGUGAUGAUGUUGUAAGAACAGAAAAUGCUGAGGCUGCUUUACUAGAUGACAACAAACAUGCAAUUACUCCUAGCCAUCAAAGACAAAAACAGAAUAGUGUGAAAGAUGAGAUUAUUUCUGUUGGGACCGAUGUUGAUGGAUGGAUGUCUGUGGAGAAACAGAAAAAUCUGCCCCGCAUUCAAAGGAGACGACAAUCCAGUGAUGAGAAAUUGACAGGUAAACCAGAAGAUUGUGUGAGCGAUAGUGUAAAAAGAAGAACAGCUGUUCCUCCUGUCGCUCAUGAGGUCAAGCCUGUCCGCAGAACAAUUUAUACAGGCAUCCCCACCAACCCUGGGGCUGUGAAGAAGAAAGAGCCUCAAGAUAUCUACAAUUUGUCAGAUGACAACAGUGGGGAAGAAUUUCUAACUCUUAAAAAAGGUGGAGCUAAUUACAAGAACAGAAGUACCAGAAGUAGACACGCAAAACUGCAAAGGAAACUGCUAGAACGGUCUGACAGUGGAUACUCCAUAGAAAGUAUUCCAUCAGAUGAUGAGUUAGUAAAACAUAAAGGGAAGAUGACACGACAGAAAUCUUCUUCACCAUCACAUCAGAGUGGUUUACCUAGUCCGCCUAACCUGCAGACGGAAUCCUCCAUGGACAGUCUCAGUCAGCAGUCAGCAGCCAUGAUCAAUGCCCAGGGAGAGCUGUAUUCCACACAGAUGUGCAUACAGCGAGAGAGGUCAGCAAUGAAAAAAAGAAAACAGGGGUCAAAACAAAUCCCGAAGGACGAUAAUGUUUACAGUGUGGAGGAAGAAACUGAAACGAAGGACAAGAGAAGGAAGAGAAUGCCCUCGGGCCAGGGUGAAAAACGAAAGGAGUCCAUCAAAGAAACCAGUUCAGCGAAAGGAAGUAGCAUUGACAGUUGUUCUGACAAAUCCAACGACUCGGCUGAGACCCAGGACUAUGUUGGCCGAGUCUCCCCUUCAGUCAGUGUCAAGUCCACAGAGCAACUGCCAGUGUUAAGAGAGGAGCCAACCCUAGUCGAUGACAUGAUCACUCCAACAGACUCUCCUGACAAUGAAGAUCCAGCUGAUUGCCUGGAAAAAAUGGACAGUCAAUCUCCGAACUUCAAAAAAGGACGAAGUGCUAAGAAAUUAAAAAUAGCUCAAUUCAAGUCUGUUGAAUGUGACACAGAAGUUUCCUUUAAAGAGUCGCCAGAUAUUACUGAUCUGGGAGACGUAGGUCCUGCCGUUCUGGUGUGGGAACAACAAAUAUCAACAAAUAUAGAAGAUACGAGGAGAGGAAAAAGGACCAGACAGCAUCACCAGGAGAUGGAUGUACAGAAAAAAAGGAAACAGGAACCGAUAUCCCUUGUGCCAUGUCCCCUGUGUAGUAUACCUUUCCCACACGACCAGAUAGAAGCUCACGCAGCUGAAUGUGAAGGAAGCGAAGUUGUCAACGUUUCUAACGGUGCUAUUCAGAAAAGCAGUGCUGAGUAUGAGGAUGAUGAUGGUAGUGGAGGUCAUUAUGAAAUGCCUGCAGAUGGACCGAUGGGAUUUUUCCAGAACAGUCCUCGCCAGGCCUAUUCUCCUUCACCCCAGAAGCACCAGACAGGAAAGGCCAAUGAUAAAUCUUCAAAAGAAUUGACAGGGGAGACAACUGAGCCAGUUGUAAGGCAGAUGAUGCUGUGUUACCUGUGUGAUGAAAACCUUCCAGUGGGACAAGAAUACGACAAGCACGUUGCAAUUUGUCUGAUGGAGGCACAACAAAGACAGGCCGAGGCCGAUGCUCGAGGGUAUAUAGGAGCAAGAAAUUCAUCUUUGGUCACCCCAGAGAAAAGGUCAACAAGGUCGAGGAUUAAAGAGGAACAAGACAGCAAAUUACUAGGAGGACUAGAUCAGGCCUGGCAUCAGAAUGAAGGGUAUACAUCAGCGACUGAGGAGGAGUCAUGCACGCUGCAUAGCAUAAUCAGGGGAAAAACUGGAAGAGAAAACAUGGAACAUAUCAGUGCAAGACUGUCUGAUAAUAUUGAGACUGACAGCAGUGCCAGUUACAGUGAUUCGUCUUCAUCAGAUUGGGACCAACCAUCACAGCCGAUAGUCAGAACCAGCCAAUCACAGAAACCCUUACAUAAAACUAGCCAAUCAAAACAAUCCACUUGCAGGACCAGUCAGUCGGAUGCCUUACCUGGCGACUGGAGCUUGGCAGAACUUGCAAACUCUCCUCUCAAAACCUUUGUUCCUAUAAAUGCUCAGGAGAACCCGGAGGGUUUUAUAAACCAGUUUGACAAUGCCAAGCGGCGCUUCGAGAAUAGAGCACAGAAAAAACCAAGGGUCCAGAAAAGGGGUGCAAAGAAAAGACGAAAGCGUAGAAAAAGAAAAUCCACUGCCAAACAACCUGCUGCUAAAAGGCGUAAAACUGACAAUGCAGAUGUUGUUCAUAUAUAUUAGUCAAUGAUAUAAUAAUUCUUAGGGUACAUUCGUGUAUCCGGUUGAACCUGUAGAGAAAAUGACAGGCACAGAUCUGAUCCGAGGCUGACCUCAGGAAAAUUUGGCACAUGUAGAUUGAGGGGUCCAAAACUGACCAAAACUAAAGUGCUGACUAUUGCUAGUUUGGGUUCUUUCUUUCUAAAACAAUGUCAAGCCACAUGUAAUUUUCAAGAUGCAUUACGCGUGAAAGAAGGGCAUAAUAUUCAUGAAACAUUGUCUUUUAGUCUCCAAAACUGUGCAUUUUUAGCUCUGCUUAUUGAACGGUCCAAGUGCGUUCGUUUAUCGUGGAAUAUUUCUGCACCACACAAUGUAGCCUUGUGUUUCACAUUCAUCAUUCGUUGUACGCGUACAAUUCUUCAUACCGGACAGUGUUAUAGACAUUGGUCCUGUUAUCUCUGCUGCUAUCUCGCCUGUCAUGAACUGUUGCAUUUAUAUUUGAUAUUGACAUGAAAUCAUGAAACAUAAUAUUGUUGUUAAUUUGGAUCAUAGAUACAAUGUAAGCUUCUUUUUCAGUUAGGUAGGUCUUCAUAUGAAUGAUCUGUGAAAUUCAUAGAAAUAUUAGCUUAUCUGUUCAUUGCAGUUAAUUUGCUUAUAAAUGCAAUAUUAAUGAAAGUAGUAGCAUAGUGAGAAUUCUGCCAUAAAUAAGAAAUAAGCCUGUAAUUUGAAUUUGAUUACUACACUUACAAGCAUUUUUUACACGUGUUUGCUCAUAAUCUGAAAUCUAAAAUGUUUUGCAAACUUUAACAGUAUAGUAAACACUUGAAAAGUAAAGUAAAAAAAUGUUGUCACAGGGAACGAUCCUUUUAAUUAUGAAAAUAAAAAUUAACAGAAAUAACUUUUCUAUUACACUAAUGAAGAUUUUCCAACAACCCCAUCUUUGAGGUGAUGACUAUUGCCCUAAUUGUAAUGUUGAAAAACAGACAAGCUGGUUGAACUGGAUACAUGAAAGUGGCCCAACAUUACUAGUUUCUGGCUGCAGUUAAAUUUUGUUUAUCCAGAAAAUGAGCUCCCCUAAAUAACUUUUAAGUUAUGUAAUGUAACGUUAACUCUGUUGGGACUCUACUUUAGAGCAGAAGUUCCCCAUAUUUAGAAGGUUCUGUUGUAAAGCAGACAUAUUGUCACAAUGCUUCAUGGAUCAGAGUCGACCUGCACAUGAUUGAAGUAGUUCUAGUACAGUCUUCUUUCAGUUGCAUGUACCCUUGUUCCAUUGGUAUAUAUUAAAUACUGCCAACAGCUUGUUGUAGACAGUAGAUUUCCGCUAUAUAAUACUGAUUAUAUUUUUGUACUUCAGACAGGCAUUUGUAACAUAAUGACUAUAGAUAUCAAGGCCUAUGUUGACAAACAUAUGAGUAAUUAAUAGUAACUAGUUUAUUUAACAUUGUUUUAUUGACACCAAUUAAGUGAUCUAUAAAGAAAUUAAGAAAAAGCCACUCAUUGAAAUAUAUUGCUGUAAUGAGGUGGCUUCUGAUUAAAAUUGAAUUGAUCGUGUAUUCGAGGACAACUUUUAAAUUCUGUGUAUUUCACAAGUGUUUAAGGGAGUUUUGAAGUUAGUAAGAUGGCCAUAAUCACUGCAAAAAGUCCCCUUGAUCAAUUCUGGCCGUAAAAUCUUGAGCUUACAGGGUUAUUUCCCCUAGACCAAUAUGAAUCUAAUGUGUUGCUGUGAUUGGAAAUAAAUAUGCCCAAAUCCAUUUCCAAGUAUUUUCCAAAAAGUUGUGUACACACUUUCAUCUCUUUUAAGUUAACGUCCUGUGCUACAUAGUACACUUCACGAGACCUUCACAUUUCCAUGCAUUGAAAACCUACCAAAAAGACUGACUUGUUACCACUCUCUACUAGAAAAUGAACUGACAAUAUGGCCACUGUUUAAAGUCGAAUAGUCCAAUACAAUUUCUUCAUUGAAAAGGUAGAUUGCCAGAGCACUUCAAAUUAGUAGUCUGAUUGGACGUUUUAGACAUCACAUUCAUGUCAGCGUUGUAUAGUUACGUCACAAUCAACUUAGUUGAAGUGUAAUAAGGGUAUAUCAUAUCCUGUUAGUAUGACAUGGUUUAGAAUACAUCAACAUAUGCGAAGUCGUAUGUGAAGUACUGUUCUAAAAUUCAUAAACAAAAACGAUUCUGAAAGUUUUUGCAAAAACUAUUCAAACACAUGCACGAGAAACCAUAUCUUAAAAUGGUUCUUUGAAAAAUAUCAUUUUCGUUAUGAAAUAAUAUCAAUUCAACAGCAUAUAAAUGUUUUAUUGCAAAAAUUUGGAUCAAUCCUUUUCGUUUGAUGUCGUGUAACUUGAGAACUGUUGAUGUUUUCUACCAAAGAUCAUGUUGCCAUGUUACUGUUUGUCAUGAUUUAACUUUGUUCAGCAUUUGUUAACCUUUGAAAAUAUUUUGCCAUAGUAUAAUUAUAAAUGUGUUCAUCAUUGUUAACUAUUGAAAAUAUUUUGCUAUAAUAUAACUAUAAAUGUGUUCAUCAUUGUUGAAAGUAAAUGCAUUUCU